UGGUGUGUGUGUGUGUGUGUGUGUGUAUGUGUGUAUCCCUCCGCUACAUUUUGUGUCUUUUCAGACUGUUUAGGUCUUUGAGAGCAGCGGGGCGCCUCAGUGUCAGCCGAUACUACAGCUCAGAGAUACAGACUCAGAGGGGUUUACUAGCUAAGCUACAUUAAUUCAGAGCGCAUACAGCUGGAGAAAAUCAACAGCCUGCAGCAGAAGCUCUCCUUCAGACAGUGUUUCUGUUAUAAGGAGGAAAAGACACGCUAGCUAAGCUAAGCUCGCUGAUUUAGCUCUGGAGUAGAGGCUGUAGCUGAAGGACUCAGUGCGGCUAGGCUAGGCUAGUUAGCUAGUAGGCUAACAUUAGCUGUCAUUCGUUAGCUAAGCUAGUUAGCCGUUAGCUCCUCUGUCAAUAAGUCAGGCAGGAUUUCAGCGUGUCGUGCUCUGCUGUUGUCGGCAGCGCGUAGGACAGAUUUCCCUCCAAACACUUAAAGCUAGAAAACUCCGCUUAAAGCUGUCGUUUAUGGGAUAACCAUGUCAAUGAAGCAGGCCGGUGGUAAUCGCAAACCCGGCGGGAUCAACAGCGGGGCUGCUGCGGCCUCCGGAGCUGCGGGCUUCGGACGGCAGAGUUUGGGAAGGGGACGCAACAGUGCCAAAGUACCCUCCGCUGCAGUAGCUUUCAGUGGAGUUUAUGCAAACAUGCAGAUGGUUCAUGUCUUGACUUCAGUAGUGGGAAACAAAUGUGAACUUAAAGUAAAAAAUGGUGUGAUCUACGAGGGAGUCUUCAAAACAUACGGUCCAGAGUGUGAUCUCGUCCUGGAUGCGGCCCACAGGAAGAGUCCCGAGCCCAGCGUGGGCCCUCGUCGUGAGGACAUAAUAGAGAGCAUUAUCUUCAAAUCCUCAGAUGUUGUGGUAGUGCAUUUUAAAGAUGUUGACCUCAACUAUGCCAAGAAAGUCUCAUCAGAACAAGAUAACUUCACAGACAAUGCAGUAAGCAGCCGUCUAAAUGGUGAACACAAGGAGAAGGAUCUCGAGCCUUGGGAUGGUGGAGAACAGCAUGCCUCAGGCAGCCUGGAGUCUCUUGAUAAUGACUUGUCAAAUGGCUGGGAUCCUGAUGACAUGUUCAAAUACAAUGAGGAAACAUAUGGUGUGAAGUCUACCUAUGACAGCAGCCUUUCCUCAUAUACGGUGCCACUGGAGCGAGACAAUUCGGAGGAGUUCCUAAAGCGAGAAGCUCGUGCAGCCCAGCUAGCUGAAGAGAUUGAGGGCAGUGCCUCCUAUAAAGCCCGCGUGGCCCUGGAGAACGAUGAACGUUCAGAGGAGGAGAAAUACACAGCUGUAGUGAGAGAUUCACACACCCUCAACAGGGAGAACAAAUACAUUCCUCCAGGACAAAGGAACAGAGAAGCAGGAAUGUCAUGGGGAGCAGGACGGCAGAACUCUCCCAGACUGGUGCAGUGUAGCCCUGGGCCACCUGCACCUAGAGCUGCACCUCACGACUAUGGCACAAUACCUGGUGUUGAUCAACGCGUUGUUAAUGGAGGUGCCCACCCUUGGCCCACUCGCUGUCCAUCUCCCUCCUCUCGCCCUCCCUCCCGAUACCAGUCAGGCCCCACUUCCCUCCCACCCCGGGCAGCCACUCCUACCCGGCCGCCCUCCAGACCCCCAUCCAGGCCUUCACGGCCCCCUUCUCACCCCUCUGCCCAUGGUUCUCCAGCACUCUCAACUGUGCCUAAACGCCUGUCCUCAGAAGGUCCUCCAAGGAUGUCUCCAAAGUCACAACGUACCCCCAGGACCCACAGGGUAGCCUCUUGCAGAGGUGGUGGACCUUCAGGAGCAGACUUCAUGUCUCAGGGUGCAUCUGGGGAGGUUACAGCUCCUCCUCCUGCCCGUAGCAGUCCCUCGGGGGGCACUUGGUCCUCGGUGGUCAGUGGAGCACACAGACCACGCUCACCUAGACAGAACAGUAUGGGAGGAGCACCUCCUGUCCCAUCUUCCUUGUCUUCCCCACAAGCUGGAACAGUGCCAGUUGACUCAAUGACCACACCUACUUCAGCAACAUCACCAACUUCAGCAAGCCCUUCACCUAAUUUGGCAGAAGCAAAAGAGUCCAGAAUACAAGAGACGAGGCAGAACUCUCCCUCUGCUAACAAGGAGAAUGUGAAGCCUAUGGAAUCUUCCUCAGGCAUCAGUAGGCUAGCUAGUAAAGGGCCUCCCAGCAUGACUCCUGACCACAGAAAACAGUUAGACAAUUUAAAAAAAUUCAGUGUAGAUUUUCGGUUGCAGUCUAGCUCAAAUCCAGACCCAGUUUUUGAGACUAUGGUGAGCAAGGCUCCCCGGGACCCUGGAGAGAAACCGAAAGAGCAGGCCACUGACAAGAGCACAACAGACGCAACAGAAUCGUCUAUCUGUGAUGAGGUACCAGUUACUCUGGUGGCCACAGCUGCUGGGAGCAAACCUAGCACCCCAUCUCCCUCUCCCUCUUCAGCUCUUGGCACUGUGUCCGAGCAGAAGCGAGGGCCGGACGUGACAUCUCAGGGUGUCCAGACUUCUUCACCUGCUGUUACUUCUACUUUAAAAUUAGACAAAGAUGACAAGGAGGACAAGAAAGACCCUGUGCCAGAGAGUGUUAGAAAAUCAACCCUCAAUCCAAAUGCCAAGGAGUUCAACCCCAGGCCUUUUUGCUCUCCACCCAAACCAGCUACAACCCCUACUUUGCCACGGCCACAAGGUCAGCCCAGCCCUUCCAUCGUUGUGCAGCAGCCUGCUGUGUAUGGCCAGCAUGUGUGCUUCCCACAGAUGUACCCACUUACUCCAGUCAGUCCAGGAGUUCAGAAAAGCAUUAUCUGGAAGUCUCCUGCAAUGUACCAUGUUCCGGUUCCUCACAUGACUGUGAGCCAAUCCAAGCCCUACAGAACAGGUAAAGUCCCCAACAUGACUCAGCAAAGACCUGACCAGCACCAUCAACCAGGGACAUCUACCAUGAUGCAUCCUAACACGGCUGCAGGCCCCCAUAUAGUGGCCCCAAACCCUGCCUACUCCACCCAGUACUUCACCUGUAGCCCCCAGCAGUUCGCAAGCCAGCCCCUUGUGCAACAGAUGCCCCACUACCAGUCCCAGGCCCAGCAUGUUUUUAGUCCAGUGAUGCAAGGUAGUCCUAGGAUGAUCACUCCACCCACCCACGGACAACCCGGCCUGGUCUCUUCUUCUACCACCCAGUAUGGUGAGCAGACGCACACUAUGUAUGUUUCUGCACCCAUCCAUCAACAGUACCCACACCCCAGCGCCACCCUCCACCCUCACCCCCAGCACCCUCAGCCUUCAGCCACACCCACCGGACAGGCCCAACAGGGGACGCAGCACGGGGGCAGCCACCCUGCUCCCAGCCCUGUUCAGCACUCUCAGCACCAGGCAGCGGCUGCGGCUGCGGCAGCCCAGGCCCUACACCUGGGGAACCCAUCCCAGCAGCAGAUGUACUCUGCCCUGGCUCCCACCCCACCUUCAAUGACACCCGGGCCCAACCCACAGUCACCACAGGCCAGCUUUCCUUCAGCCCAGCAGGCUGUCUACAUUCAUCCUUCGCAGGUUCAGCAUGGAUACAACCCUAACCAUAUGGCUCAUGUGCAACAGGCGCACAUGCAGUCAGGAAUGGUGCCCACCCACCAUGGCACUCCUUCCCAUCCUGUGAUGUUGAUGGCUGCUCAGCCACCUGCCGGACCCCAGCCCCCCAUGCCCCAGGGAACCCUUAAUCCUAUCCCUGUCUCCUCAACCACACACUUCUCCUACAUGGCACACCCUCAAUUACAACCUCACCAUCAGCAGCAGCUGUAGAAGAGGAGGACUGGCUUUAAAAGGAGGCCUGCUCCUCAACCCUUCUGGCCCCACCCAUGACCGACUGUCCAACCAGUCCUUUUCCUUCUCCUUUUCUAAAUAUCCAGUGAGAAGGCCACUAAAACUUCAAUUGUGCUGCACUUCUGCUAUUCUCCACCAAUAAUUAAUGCUAAUGAGCAAAGUUGCAGUGAACAGACGUGGGUUUUUUAACAAGCGUUUUAACAAGACAGGGACUGUUUUCAUGUCAUAACAGCAACGGUAUGAGUGAAAAUCUAAGUCAAGAAACUGGAACUUACAUUUUGUCUGCACCUUCUAAGUUAACAAAAAUUCUUCCAACCUAUUGACAGUAUUAACUUUACUGUUAAAUGCUGCUGCUACUGCUGCGUUCGAGAACUUGGGGUAACGGAAAGCAAAGAAAAAAUAUAUAUACAGUAUAUAUAUAUAUUCUAACCAAACUAAACAAAACGGGAACUUCCAGUGAUGAAAAACAUUUGGCAAAAAAAAAAGGCAGAUUAAUUAUUUAUUUAACUAAUCAAAACAUGAGCCCCAUUACACUUGACCGUUAUAAAACUGUUAAGUUAAGGACUUUUACUUUGUAGAUAAUAUAAAUGAAUAAAAAAAUUUAAAAACAUUAAAAAAAGUUUUAAAAACUGAA